AUGGCAGGAUUAACUAGAAAAAAACUUCAGUUACCCAAGUCUGUUUUAGAAAUGAAAUUCAUGAAGAGAACUAAAGAAAGAAUAGAAAAGGAACUUGAAAAUAUCCACGGUCAUGAAGGCUUAUAUUCAAAUAUUAUUACAAACGAAAUGCGCACUGCUACUGGGAAUUACAUACCAGAAGCUAGUUUUAUAUAUUGUGAAAAUUUAAUAGAUGGUAGGUUAUCUUUUAAAGGCAUGAAUCCAGAGAUCGAGCGGUUAAUGGAACUAGAAACCGCAAAGGAAGAAGAGAGUGGUGAAAUGCAAAAGGAUGUGUCUGAUGAAGUUUUGGCAAAAAAUAUGAAUAAAUUUAAAUCAAGGAAAAGGCCAUCACUUACUCCUAGCAAAUAUAAUGUCACUGCCAAGAAGAAAAAAUAA